AUGAAAAACAUGCAAAUUAAUGUGAUCAUAUUUAAAGUGUUGCGCGUAAUCUCUCUCCUCCUGGGAUUAGCGCCUUGUAAACUCUUUACCGAAGCCAUCCCCUCGAAGAAAUUUCGCUACGCCUUCAAGUUAUCUUAUUCAAGACUGGGAUGCGUUUACAAUAUUUCGUGGAUCAUCAUAUUCUCCGGAGUAAUAAUUGCUAUAGUUCCAAAAGUGGCUAAAGACUACGACAUCAACUAUUCAAAAAUCAUAAUAACUAUAGACCUGACAAUGUCAGCAAUGGGAAACGCAUUUGUUAUUAUUUUAACCGGAAUUUAUUGCAUCUAUCAAAAGCAAAUUGUAGAGAUUGGAAAUCGGCUGAGCGAAGUUGACGAGCAGUUUCAGGCUGAUUUAUUUGUUUUUAAUAAAGAAACCUUCAGAAACCUUCAUUAUUCCGUGGUGACGAUGACAUUUAUAAUCAUGUGGAUAAUAAGUUUUGUUAUUUGUCUAGUCGGAUGGAGAUUUUUUAUCUUUUUCUCCAUCAUAUUGCCUGCGGCCGUUCUCAGCUGCCUUCUGCUGCAGUACAGUCUGAUUAUUAAUAUUCUCAAAGAGAGAUUCAGAUGUCUCAAUGAAGGUCUUUCUGCAGCCGUUAAAUACACGAUUGAGUCACCAGGAGUUUCAUCUCUCGAGAGAAAUAUCACGAAUAAUCGAUCAGUUAUUGACAACUUUGCGCUGAUUCGGAACAUGCGUCACUCGGUUUACAAAAUCGCCUGUGAUGUUGCCGAUUUUUAUUCAUUUCCAGUUUUGUUGGUGAUUUUUAAUUUCUGUUGUAACUCUAUCACUUCUAUUUAUUUCAUCAUAAUUAAUGCGCUGCAUAGAAAAAAUUCUGGGUGUCCAGACUCAAUGAGUGAUUGCUUCUGGAUUAUGAUGUAUAGUUAUCCGAUUGUAGUACUGAGUGAGAGCGUCAAGAGAUUUAAUAAAGAGGUGAGUAAGACAACGAACGUCAUCUAUGACAUCAGACAAACGAAUUUUGUGAAUAAAGAAAUUUUGAACGAUUUCGCUCUUGAACUGUUGCAUACGAAAGUUGCAUUCACUGCAUUUGGAUUUUUCUCGUUGGAUUGUACUUUAUUGCAUUCGAUAUUUGGAAUGGUUGUUACGUAUCUGAUUAUUCUCCUGCAAUUCCAACCGGCGGAUGCUGCAACUGAAUAG